GGUGUUGCCAUCAACGUCAGUCAUCUUCGAAACCAUACCCCCUAAUCUUUAAUUAUUCUAGUCCUUUGUAAUUGCCUUUCUUGCUUUUUAUCAUAUGAAUUCAAAGUUCCAAAUUUUACGUACAUAAAUCCAAAUUCUUACCUAGUUAAAUUAACCCCUUUUUUCCUCAAAUUUCAUGCCCUGAUUUAGUUUCCUUUCAAAUCAUUUGCUUUAAAAGUCUCAUUUUUAUCAUUACAGAAUAAUUGCUAUCUCAAACCGACACUUCUAACAGGUUUUCUUCUAGCAAUCUUAAUUUCCACGAAGAUUGUCUUUUUAUUAUUGUUAUUAAAAAAUGAACACAUCAAAUAUGCAAGCUGCGACGUCACCUCCAUCAGAAACGGUGGAUACAUCACCCUUCCUGACCCAUUCCAUAACCGACCACCUCCUCCGUAGCAGGCGCCUCCUCCGUCGUCCACCUCCACCUUUACGUGGCGCGGCUGCUAGGCUACUCCGCUGCGCCAGCAGUCGUCGCUUGAUGCUGCGUGAACCAUCGGUUCGUGUGCGAGAAGCCGCGGCCGAGCAACUCGAAGAGCGUCAAAGCGAUUGGGCCUAUUUGAAGCCCAUUAUAGCCCUUGACAUUCUCUGGAAUGUGGCGUUUGUGGUAAUGGCGGUUGUCGUUUUGGGACUCAGCCUUGAGGAAAAGCCCAUUGUCCCUUUAAGGCUCUGGAUUUCGGGAUACGGGUUACAUUGUUUACUUCACGUUGCCUGUGUAGUCGUAGAAUAUAGAAGAAGAAACCGAAUGAGGGUUUCAGAUUUGCAGAAUAGUGAGGAUUUGAAUUUGGGUCUGAAUUCUCAGCCCGGUAGUGAAACAGGGGAUUCCGAGGACUAUGAAACAGAGGAGCUGAAUAGUGCAAAUGAAACCAGUGUUGCCAAAACUUUGGAGUCUGCAAAUACAGUGUUUUCAUUUCUUUGGUGGAUCAUUGGAUUUUAUUGGAUAACUGCUAAUGGACAAGUAUUGACACGUCAUUCACCUCAGCUUUACUGGCUUUGUGUUACUUUCCUUGCAUUCGAUGUAGUGUUUGUAAUAAUCUGUGUAGCUGUUGCGUGCCUUAUUGGUCUUGCUGUUUGCUGCUGUCUUCCUUGCAUCAUAGCAAUUUUAUAUGCUCUCACAGACCGGGAAGGAGCAACAGAGGAAGAGAUUGAUAGAUUGCCAAAGUACAAAUUUCGCAGGGUACGUGAUUUUGAAAAAGUAAAUGGUGAAAUUCAAGAAUCUCGUGAGGGGAUAAUGACUGAAUGUAACGCUGAUACACCUACUGAACGAAUUCUUUCACAUGAGGAUGCUGAAUGCUGCAUCUGCCUUUCUGCUUACGAAGAUGGGAGCGAAUUGCGCAAACUUGCUUGCCAUCAUCAUUUCCAUUGCGCCUGUGUAGACAAGUGGUUGUACUUCAAUGCAACCUGUCCUCUCUGCAAGUUCAACAUUCUAAAGACCAGUGAUCUAAGUGGCAGUGAAGUAGUAUAGAAAACCUAAUUGGAGUAAAUUGGCAGCGCUUCUUUCCCUGCCUGUAUGUAAAAUUAUAUGGCAUCCUAUGCCUGGAGGCGGCUAAGAACAGUUGUUGCUUUUCUGGUUUUUCCAAAUGGUUUCUGCUUUUCUCAUUUAGUUCAUAAGUCAUUUUAAAAAAAAAACAUCCAACAAGUUUGAA